CAUAACCUAAUUUGAUGUUUAAUAGGCUUUUCCUUAAUCUCUUCUUAUUAUCCAACAUAUUCGCUUAUCCAACGUUCUGCUGGCCCAUUUAUGUUGGAUAAGUGAGACUCUACAGUAGAGACUCUACUGUAGAGUCUCUGCUGUACUUAAACAGUCCUCAAGUAUAGCAUGAAAAGGAAUAAUGCUCAAAUGCUUGGUCCAUAACCAGGUCUAGCAAGGCUAUUCAAUGCUAAUCAUCAUUUUUUGAUUAUCCAACGCUCUGCUGGCCCGUUUAUGUGGGAUAAAUGAGACUCUACUGUUCUUGGAUGGAGCUGCAGGCUGUAUUUCUGCUGUGUUGUCAUAAGCUGAAAGUUGUUCUGCGUCAGUCCCCUUCCUUAUAUGACGAGUUGGGUUUUUUAGCAGAAAAUGUCAAGCAAGAAGAAGCCAUCGGGAGCAUUUCAUCGUAAAAGGAGGUUGCAGCAUAGCCAAGAAGUCAAGCUAAAGCAUUAAAAAGGUUUUUCACGACUUCACCAUCAUGCCAGACAGGAAAGCCAGAGACAACUAAAUUGACUGAAUCAGAUCAUGCUGAUGACGGAAAGAUACCAAUCUCAGAGCCUCUACCAGGACCAUCAACCAGUCAAGACCUUCUCACUGCAACUUCAGCAAUACCAUUACCACCUUCCUGUAUUGGCAUUACUGGGACUGACACUGAAGAUGUGGAUGAGGAUUCAUUAAGAGAUGCAGCCCUGCCAUCUACUAGUCGGCAAGCUAUUGAAUCUGAACAAAGAAGAGACCCUUUGUUAUUUCUUUCCAAUGAUUGUGGAGAGUGGCCACUCAAAAUAACUGAUGAGGCACGGAAAAUAAUUGUUGAGCGAGGACCACAGCAAGUCAGAGGCAUAAAGUUUCCUAAGGACAUUCAUGGCAGAAAAUUUUCCCCAUUUCAUUAUUCAAGGAAGUUGUGUAAUGGAGAGCGUGUCAACAGAUAUUGGCUACAGUAUUCUGUAUCUAAAAAUGCAGUGUUUUGUAUUACUUGCAAAAUUUUUGGAAACGACACAUCCAGUCUUGCAGGUAGCCAAGGGUUUUCUGACUGGCGGAACUUGAGCAGGCUUUUGAGCAGUCACGAGAAAUCCCGUCCUCAUAUGGAAAACCGUUCAUCUUGGCGUGAGCUCUCGCAACGUUUGCAUUUAAACAAAACUAUUGAUGCAGAGCAUGAAAGACUUAUUAAUGCUGAAAUUAAACAUUGGGAUCAAAUUCUGAAACGCUUGCUAUGUGCUACACGGUUUUUGGGGGUUCAAGGAUUGCCAUUUAGAGGGACAAAAGAUGUUCUAUUUGAACCUAAUAAUGGCAACUUUUUAAAAUUGAUAGAACAUAUAGCACAGUUUGAUGAUCCGAUGGCUGAACAUGUGAGAAGAAUCACUUCCAAAGAAACACAUGUCCACUAUUUGAGUAAAAAUGUCCAGAACGAGUUUAUUUCUUUCUUGGCAGGCAAGGUCCAGAAUAAUAUUUUGGAACAACUACAUGAGGCAACAUAUUAUUCUAUUAUAUUGGACUGCACACCAGAUAUUAGCAACACCGAACAAAUGACGUUGGUGGUUAGAUUUGUUACAUGUAAAGCAAAUGAAGAUAUCUUGAUUAAGGAACAUUUUUUAGGCUUUGUUCCUGUUGCCAGUCCUUCAGGUGAAGGUAUGACAGAAAUAUUACUCCAUGAGUUGGAAGCACGACGUAUUCCAUUAAAAAACAUGAGAGGCCAGGGAUAUGAUAAUGGUUCUGCAAUGAAGGGAAAACAUGUUGGAGUCCAGAGGAGGAUCCUUGAUUUAAAUCCUAGAGCCUUUUAUGUACCAUGUGGAAACCACUCCCUGAACUUGGUCAUAAAUGAUGCAGCUAUGUCUUGCAAGAUUGCAGCAGACUGUUUCGCCACCGUACAAGACCUCUAUAACCUUUUUUCAGGUUCCCCAGUAAGAUGGGGUACUUUGUUGAAGCAUGUUUCAACUCUCACACUCAAACCACUUAGCAGUACUAGGUGGGAAAGUAGAAUCGAAGCAUUGUUGCCUUUGAGGUUCCAUAUUGAAGAAGUAUAUGAUGCCGUAUAUGAAGCUUCUCAUGAUCAGAAAUUUGAUGGACUCUGUAGGAGCCGUGCUGGUGCUCUUCUUAAAAGACUGCAAAGCUUCACAUUUCUGUGCAGCAUAGUGACAUGGCAUGAGAUCCUGCACAAGAUAAAUAUCGUUAGUAAACAGUUGCAAAAAGUGUCAAUCGAUCUUCAAAAUUCUAUGGCUCUUAUUAAGAGUGUGAAAAGUUUUCUAGAAAGGAUGAGAUCUGAAGAAGGUCUAAAUAGCAUCAUUACAGAUGCAAAGGAACUGGCAGAAAAAAUCGAUGCUACUGCCGACUUUGAAAACGAACAGGAAGCUCGACCGAGAAAAGUAAGCAGACAAUUUUCGUAUGAAUGUAAAGAUGAAGCUGUACAUUCUGGCAAAGAGUCUUUUAAAGUGAACUUUUUUUUUUGUUGUGCUUGACACAGCAAUAUCCUCAUUAAAGGAGAGAUUUCAGCUAAUGGACAACCAUAGUGGAAGUUUCAAAUUUCUGUAUGACAUUUCAAGCCUUGGGAAAUGUUGGAAUGAAAAAGAAUUGAAGUACGCCUGUCAACGCCUUGAAACUGUUUUGACAGAUGGAGAAGACCACGAUGUGAAUGCUGGUGAUCUGUAUACAGAGCUACAAUUACUUGCAGAUAUGCUUCCCCCUGGAAGUCUCCCAGCUGAUGCCUUGUCUUUUAUAAAUCAUGGUUCGGAGGAUGUUUUCCCAAAUGUCUACACUGCAUUGAGAAUUCUGUUAACACUUCCAAUAUCCGUGGCCAGCGGUGAAAGGAGUUUUUCAAAAUUGAAACUUAUAAAAAAUUACUUAAGAUCUACUGUGAGUCAAGAGCGCUUGAGUGGACUAUCAACCUUGGCCAUUGAAAAUAGCUUGUUGGAUGACAUGGACACAGAUUCCCUAGUACAUGAGUUUUCCAAAUUGAAAGUCAGAAAAAUCAGGUUUUAAUUUUUACAAGUGUUCAAGUUAAUUUGUGUUAAGGAAAACUGGAUGUUAAAAAAUUAAAAUUGUUGCAAAGUUUAUUAAAAUAUUUAUUUAUUAAAUUAUUAUUAUUAUUAUUUGUGUUAAGGAAAACUGGAUGUUAAAAAAUUAAAAUUGUUGCAAAGUUUAUUAAAAUAUUUAUUUAUUAAAUUAUUAUUAUUAUUAUUUGUGUUAAGGAAAACUGGAUGUUAAAAAAUUAAAAUUGUUGCAAAGUUUAUUAAAAUAUUUAUUUAUUAAAUUAUUAUUAUUAUUAUUAUUUAUUAAGAUUGGAGUUAAUUCUAUGUAAUGUUACUAUAUGAACAUAAUGUUGUUAAUAAACUUCUGGUUGUAAGGUAAACUCUUUUAUCCAUUCUAUUCACCUCUACCUUCUACCUUUUAUUUCUCGGUGAUUGGGGUUUUUUU